AUGACUUCUUUCCCGUCCACGGAACAAGUGGAUAGUCCUGCCAUUGACCAUGAGCCAUAUUCAAGUGACGUGGAUCAGAUAUCCAGACGGAUCUUGGAUGUCUUCCUGCAAUAUGCACUCAACAAAUUCGAAUAUGCACCGGGCGAUGUGCAAGGGAAGGGAGAGGGAUUCCUUUCUUUGAUAGGCCAAUUUGUCGCCCAUGGAGCUCGUGUGCAGGCGUGUCUCCCCGCUUUUCCUUUCAAGUCUGCCAACAAGGUGUACAAGGUACUCGGCAAAUUGCCAGAUAAAGCAGAGGAACUGGCACUGGACCGGUUGAACACCCUUUGCAAUUCUAUACAGCAAUUCUAUGCUCCGGGUGCCGAGAUUGUAAUUAUCUCAGACGGCAUCACCUACAAUGACUUGCUGUGCAUUUCAGACCAAGAAACUUGGCAGUAUGGAGAAGCCCUGCGGCGCAUGGCUGUCGAGAAAGGCUUCCAGAACAUCCUAUUCUCGCGGAUCCGGGAUCUUCUCAGUAUCUCACUUCCAGAUAACCUGACCGAAAUUGUAUAUGUUGCCAACUGUACAAACUUCCGUCGCUUACUCUUGAACCAAUAUGGGACGGUGGAUCUCGACAUUGACGAGGAAAUUGCCAAGAAUCCAGAUAAAAAACUGACGUAUCUCGGCUACAAGCGGUUCCUGGAAUCGGAUCUGCAGCACAUUUUUCCCCGAGGGGAGGGUCGCUCUGCCCACAGUUACAAGCGGGAUUGCAAAUAUUUGGCCAAGCAAAUGCUCGCAAGAGGAUAUUCCUUUGCCAGGGCCGUCAAAGCCGCCUUUCCACAUCACCUGCGGCUCUCAAUCCACGAGUCCAUUAGUGGAGACAAAAUACCUAUCAGUCUACUGAAUACCAAAACAGGCUAUACCACCCCAUGGCACUGUUCUGUGGCCCAUCUUGCCAAUGGAGAAUGGGUUAGUGCUCCGAUGGGCGAGUUCAAUCAGGAAAGUCGGUUGGAAUUGAUUCAUGUCGAUGGGGUUCCCAGUCAUUACCGGGAGAGAAUGUCCGAUGGCGGGCAUUCUCCCAUCACCGACCUGACGGCAAGUUAUCUCCAGUCGCCCAAGUCUAUCAAUGCCACUGCAUAUGUCAGUGGGGCAUUCAAAAAUGCACCAACUUCUCCGACUUCUUCUAGUGAUGGUUCCAUCCCUGGCUCUGAGAGCAAGUACACCGACAGUGGUUUGACAAGCCCGAACAUAUCGGCAGCGUGUGACUCCUCUCCUUCCCUAUCUGGACUUGGGAUUCACAUACAAUCAAAUCAGGAGACGAAGAUCGAGGUUGCGACGGAAUACGGUCGAAGGCUGCUUCCCCAGAUAAUGGAUGACCUUGCGGCUUCGAAGCCAGAGACAACCGUUUUCUCUCUCGCCGCACUCUCGGAUGGCCUUCUCAAGCUCAACCCAAUUUCUGCUUGUCAGUUUACCCGAGCAGUAGACAAGACUGCCUGGUGGCUGCAAGAUCAGGUUGGCACGCCUGAAUCUGUUCGCCCCAUGGCGUAUAUUGGUCCACACGAUCUCAGACAUGUUCUUCUGACUUAUGCUUGUGUUAAAGCGGGCUACUCGGCUCUCUUCCUAUCGCCAAAGAAUAAUGCAGACGGAAUUCUGGCGGUGCUUGACAAGUUGGGCUGCAAUAUUUGGGUCAAUGCAAUUGAUGCAUCGCCAAUCGCCAUGGUGAAGGAUGUUCUCCACAAGCGGCCUAUGAAAUGUCUGCUGCUUCCUACGCUCGAAGAGCUCCUUGAUACCGAGUCUAUCGAGGCUUUCCCGUACACGAAGACUUUUGAAGAGGCCAUAAACGACCCAUUCUGUUAUUUGCAUACGUCUGGAAGCACAGGAUUACCCAAACCCAUUCCUUGGUCUCAUGGCCUCAUUGGUACCAUGGAUGCAGUCCGAAUCUUACCACCGGUGGGUGAAACUGCUGAUUUGGUUCCUUGGACUUCGGACUGGAACGAAGGAGACAAGAUAUAUUCGUCUUUCCCUAUGAGUCACGGCGCUGGAAUCAUCAUGGACAUUUUGAUGCCUGCACUUUUCAACCUCCACUGCGUUUUGGGACCAGUUGGUGUACUAACAAACCUGAACCUAGUGGAAAGGCUAGCCAUUGAUGUCAAGAUCGAUAUCUGGAGCAUGGUCCCUUCACUCGUCGAUGAACUGGGUGAGACUCCCGAGAUAUUGGAACAGCUACGUCCGAGCAAAUUCAUCUGCGCAUCGGGAGGCCCGGUUAGUCCAGUCAGCGCUGGGAAGGUGAACCAGGUUGUAAGAGUUCUCAAUUUGACGGGUACCACAGAAGGCCUCUUUAUUGGGAAUUUAAAGCCCGAGAGAGAGGACUGGUUCUGGUUCUGCUUCCACCCUUACUCUGGCUUUGAGUUCAAAGAGCUUGAAACAGGUGUUUAUGAGCACUGGGUACAUCGCAACGAGCAUUGGCCACUUUUCCAAGGAAUCUUCCACACUUUUCCGGAUCAAAAUUCGAUCAACUUCAAAGAUCUUUACAUGCGACAUCCUACCAAGCCAAACCUAUGGGCCUUCAAGGGAAGAAGCGACGAUCUUGUGGUUUUGUCGAAUGGAUAUAAGAUCUCGCCCCUGGAAACAGAGGCAUUCAUCACCACUCAUCCCGACAUCGUCGGCUGUUUGAUCUUUGGAACUGGAAAACCACAAGCUGGCCUUCUCAUUGAGUUGAUUGAUUCUUGUCAAAAGACACCGGAGCUGCUCGACAGCAUUUGGGCCAAGGUUCAGAUAGCUAAUGCUAUGUCCCACCACAAGAACCAACUACUCAAGGAUUUCGUCAUUUUCGCACUGCCUGAAAAGCCGUUUUUACGAACAGAUAAAAGAACGAUCAAACGAGCAGCUACAUCAGAACUCUAUUCUGAGUACAUUGACCGAUUCUACGGCUCGCGCAACGAUGAUAUUGAUCAAACUGUGAGACUUGAUCUGAGCUCGCCUGCGGCAACCGAAAACUCCAUACGAGAGAUUCUUUCCAGCUCUCUUCUAGACGUCCAAAGCGUGCUUUCAGAUACGGAUUUGUUUACUGCUGGACUUGAUUCACUCGGCGUCUUCGCCGCCGUCAAAAAAAUCCGGGCAGCCACAGGCCUGGGUGAUGAAAUAUCACCUCGCCACGUCUACGCCAAUCCGACGAUUAUGGAUCUUGCUACCACAGUUUCUGCACUAUUCGAAGAAGCAAAGGCUGCAGAAUCGGGGAAUUCGAACGAAAAGGAUCAUGUCGACGAUGCUUCUCGUAUGAGCAACAUGAUUGCUGAGCAUAAAGCACGACAGUCCUUCCGCCUCAACGCGUUUGAUUACGUGAACCCAAACCACGGUAUGGGCAUCAUGCUCUACUUCUCCAUCCACGAGGAAAUUUCGUAUGAACAAGUGUUUUCCAAUCUCCAAGAAGGACUCAAUCGCACAUUUGACAUGAUCCCUGCUCUCAGUGGCAAAAUGAUGCAUUGCUCCGAGCAAGAGAUUAGAUAUCAAAAAGGAGACCUUUGUGUGACGGUUCCACCUCUUUCAAUGGCAAACACUGCCAAGAACCGUCUGAUCUAUAAAGACCUCUCGGAUAUUCUCCCAUCGUUUGAGCAAUUGAAAGAUGCCGGCUUCCCACCUUCUGCUGUCCCCGAUGAUGUCGUCCUGCGAGAUGAUCCGUUUCCCAAUUUCCCCGCUGAAAUUUUUUCAGGGCAGGUAAACUUCAUUUCCGGCGGCUGUGUUGUUGCAGUAGACUUGAAUCACUGUUGUCUUGAUGGUCUUGGGGUCAUGGUCGUUCUCAAGGCCUGGGCUGAAAAUUGCAGGUAUCUCCAGGGCGACCAAGCCGCGACCUGUGAGUGGUAUCAUCCGGAGAGUUUCAACCACGCUCUGCCAGGGAUCAUCCACGAAAUCGAAGGCUGGGCCCGUCCAGUAGAUGAGAUUGACCCUGGUACAUGGGGAUAUUUACCUUUUUUCCCACGUGAUGAUGAUCGAGAGAGGAUGCUUGAAGCUUCUUCCAAUGAUCUUGGAGAUUGGAACUUGCCCCCUGCACCAGACUUCAAGUUGCACGAUAUCUGGCCGCUCCCACGAGCUGAACGGUGCCUCAAAACUACCCUGUUCUUGAUAAGACCCGAGAAUUUGGCAAAAAUGAAGCAAGAGGUGAUAUCUGAUUCCGAGGCGAAGGGGGUUAUCACUUCGAUUAGCGAUAUUGUACAGGCCUUCCUAUGGCGGGCUGCGAUUCGGAUGCGACGAAACAUCGCCACCAAGAUGCGGAAGGAGACAUUCAAGCCAGAUGAAAUUUCGAUUCUUGAGGUUCCUACUGACGGCCGCCCUUACUUCUCUCAACUCUUACCCGAGACAUAUAUGGGUAGUCUGCUGAUUCUCAAUCGAUCGACAAUGCCCAUCGAGACACUGUGCUCGGAUCAAACCACCAUUGGCCGUGUCGCACACGUCCUUCGUGAGUCUGCCGCACGCAUCACACCUUCGGUCGUUCAUGACGCCUUUUCGAUUCUUCAGUCCUUGCCAAAUCACGAAAGAUUUUCGACAGCAAAUAUGGGCCUUGAGCAUAUGCAUGCCAUGAUUUCGAAUAUGAUGCUUUUUCCAACCAAUGAGGUUUGCUUUGGCAAUACCUUCUUUGCAAAUGGGGGGUUGCCCGAAUCCUUGAGACCACAGCUUGAGCGUGGAAAUGGACGUUUCCGCUUCCUGGUCAUUCUUCCUAUCCGAAAGGACGGGGGAAUUGAACUUGUCUUUGGUACCCACCCCGAGGAAUUGGACAUGCUCCAAGCAGACGGAGAGUUUACAAAGUAUGCUGAGCUUCUUAGUGGGGCUUGA